UCAGCGGAUGUUUUGUGUGUCCACUGGUUAAGCUAACAGCUAACGCUGAAGUCUGAUAAAGUCAUCGAUCCGCCGCUGAUCAGUCACUAAUCACCACAUCUGAUCGGGUCGAUCCUUUGAGCAUUCUCUCAUGUUCGGCGCGUGACCGACCGACGAAGCUUCUGGAAGCUGUUCGUGCACGCGUACAGUCUCCAUGGCUACGGAAGAGUUCUACGAGGUAGAGCGGAUCGUAGAUAAGAGGAGGAACAGGAAGGGGAAGGUGGAGUACCUGGUCAGGUGGAGGGGUUACGGUUCGGAAGGAGACACCUGGGAACCCGAAACGCACCUGUCCACCUGCAUGGUCUAUGUCCACGAGUUCAACCGGCAGCAUGCCGAGCGUCACCAGGACGCCGCCUUCCUGCGCUCCACCCGCAGCCUGCCUGCCUCUCAGCUGAGCCCCGCCCACCAGCUGGCCUUUAGACCGGCUCCCGCCGCCGCCCGCAGUGACAUCAGUACCGGGUUGACGGCAAACUGCCUUCAGGUGAGACCAUCCGACCGUCCGCACCUGUCCACUUUCAGCUCCGCCCAUGCCGACCGCUUCAGCAGCGCUCUGAUGUCAGCAUCUCCGGUUGGAUCUGCGCGGCGCAGUGUUGACUUGGCCAAGACUGGCAUCAAAAUCCUGGUCCCCAAAAGCCCCAUGAACACUCGUCUGGACCAGGAGGAGGAGUCUCCAAGCGAGGCGGCCCACAGCCUGGAGGCCCACGAUGCUCACCUGGACCCGCCAGAGGUGGCGCUGCUGGAGAAACCGGCCGAGACCACCGCAGUCCAGCUGGGACCGGGGGAGGAGAGGGCCCGCAUGGGGACCAGACCCAGACCCAGCAACAACCAGAACCAGAACCCGCUGUCCCCGCCGCGACUCCCAAUCACACCAGCCGCCAUGCGCUCCCUCAGUGGCUCAGGUUCUUCGCUGUUGGAGGCUUUCUCCGCCAACGGGACCCCUGCUGCCCAGAGCGCUGUUACUGGGGCGACCGGUGCCUCAGGAAAGCGGCGUCUGGAGGAGCGGUCGGCUUUUGACAAACGUCUGCGGUUCAGCGUCCGGCAGACGGAGAGUGCCUACCGCUACCGAGACAUUGUCGUGAAGAAACAGGACGGAUUCACCCACAUCCUGCUGUCGACCAAGAGCUCAGAGAACAACACCCUGAACCCAGAGGUGAUGAAAGAGAUCCAGAGCGCCAUGGCGACAGCGGCAUCAGAUGACAGUAAGCUGGUGUUGUUUGGCGCCGUUGGUAGCGUUUUCUGUUGCGGUCUGGACUUCCUGUAUUUCAUCAGACGACUGACGGACGACAGGAAGAAGGAGAGCAUCAAAAUGGCCGAAACCAUCAGGACCUUCGUCAACACCUUCAUCCAGUUCCGGAAGCCUAUUGUGGCAGCGGUGAACGGGCCAGCGCUGGGCCUGGGCGCCGCCCUCCUGCCGCUGUGUGACGUGGUGUGGGCCAAUGAAAAGGCUUGGUUCCAAACACCGUACACUGCAUAUGGACAGACACCGGACGCCUGCGCCUCCUUUACCUUCCCCCGCAUCAUGGGUCUGGCCUCAGCUAAUGAGCUGUUACUGAGUGGCAGGAAGUUGACAGCUCAGGAGGCGUGUUCUAAAGGUUUGGUGUCGCAGGUUCUUUGGCCUGGAACCUUCACACAGGAGGUGAUGCUGCGGAUCAAAGAACUGGUGGCAGUGGAUUCCCUGGUUCUGCAGGAGUCCAAAGCCCUGAUGAGGAACACCAGUCGCAGUGCUCUGGAGCAGGCCAACGAGCGCGAGUGUGAAGCCCUGAAGAGGAUUUGGGGUUCAUCACAGGGAACGGACUCCAUCCUGCAGUACCUUCAGAGGAGGACUGAGCUCUGCUAAGACCAGGACCUGAACUGGACCAGGACUGGAACAGGACCAGGACUCCCAACAGUGACUCAGCAGACCUCGGUCCUUCUGCUCCUUGAACUCAGAACUGAGUGGACUAGAACGUAGAGUUUGUCCUACAGCUUUUAGACUUGGUCCAGUUGGAGCGUUUCAGAGCUGGAGUCCUGUGGUGUCAGCCCGUUGACUUCCAUCACACGCUGCUGAUGGGGUUUGGAUCAGAACCACAGGGAACAGUGGCAGAACCUGCUCAAGUAAGGAAGGGCAGUUCAGCCACGCAACCCCCAGAAGACAACUGGAGAGGAAAAGGUUCAGAAUGUCAACAACAGCAGAACAAGUGUGGAAAUGAAAAACAUGGAUCAUUUCCCACAUCAGUGUCCCAUCAGUGUCCGUCAACACGGUUCUCCCACAUUUACUGUUGUGUCUGGACUCAUGGAUUUAAACCGGUUCCUCUGUGGUCUUAGAACAUUGGUCCAAAAUGAUGUUUCUCACUGAAAACUGUUAAAUCCUCCAAACUGAAGACAGUGGAUGUGGACUGUAAACCACUGAGGAUCUGACGGGGGUCUCAUGGUUCUCAUGGUUAUGAUGGUUUACACUCGGUACUAAGUUCAAAGGUUGUGGGACUAAGCAAGCGUCCUCCUGGUCUUCGUGGUCCAUCUGGUCCAUCCAAACCCACAGCAGGAUUAUUGUAGUUGUGUAACUGUGGGAAUGUGCUGAUCUGAGUAUUUGUGCGAAGCUUCGUUAACAGUUUGUCUCUGUGGACGUAACCUCUGACCUUCUUCUUCAUGGACAGAGUGGAGGACUUGAACUGGCUCUAACCUUUGACCUUAAUGUUUUCUGUUGUAGCCUUUUCAUAACAGGACAGCUGAUUUAAAAUGAAUUUGUGUAUUAGGCCCCACCCACAGGACUAGCAUCUGAGUAUGUGGUCAUGGCCUGACAGUCCUGACCGUGGGCUGGGUUUGUAGUUUUCAUAUCAGACUCUGAAUGAGCUCAAGUAUGAACUUGUCAUUUCAUAAUUUGGUGCAGUUUGUUUUUUUCUAACUAUAUCCUUUCUCUGUAUUUUCAAACACCAGAAAAGGAAAAUUAAAGAUGCAAAUGA